CGCAGACGAUAUCAAUGACUAAAAAUUGACACAUAAAUAUUAAAAACUAUGAGUGGGAGUAGUUCUAAAGAUAAUGAUUUAUAUCGCAAUGAUGAAGCGGUUGACCCUAGAGUUCAGAUUGAGUUGGAGAGGUUGAAUGCAGCAACUGAUGACAUAAACAAAUUGGAAGUUGAUUUAGAUGAAGCUAGAGCUAAUUUCCGUCAGUUACUCUGUGAGUCGUCAGUAAGGAUAGAUGCUUUGGGGAAGAAGCUAGGUAGUUGUGUUGAUAAGGCCAGACCAUACUAUGAAGCAAGAAUCAGGGCAAAAGAGGCACUUCAUGAGACACAGAUGGCCGCUGUGAGGUUUGAGCGCGCCAACUCUGCUCACGCAGCAGCCAAGGAGAUGGUUUAUCUGGCCGAGGAAGGUCUCAACGCGGAGGGCCGUACCUUCGACCAUGCCUGGCAGGAGAUGCUUAACCAUGCAACUAUGAGGGUGAACGAGUCGGAACUUGAGAGAACGUUGAGUGAAGCUGAACAUCGACGAACCUCUCAUACCUAUCAACAGGCAGAGACUUCUGUUCAACAACUACAAAAAGAGCUGAAACGAUCCAUAGCAAAAUCCAGUUACAACAUUGGUCGUGUCUUAUCUCAUUCUAACCUCUUCGCUGCUUUGUUUUUGACUGGUUUGUCUUACUUUGAAAUGAAAGCCCAAUUCAACCAAGUUUUGGAGGAACAAAAGACCAAAGUGAAGUAUUUGGAGCAGAAAGUGGCGACAGCAAAAUCCAGCUACGCAGAAGCCCUUCGGAAUUUGGAGCAAAUCAGCGAUGAAAUUCAUAGGAUCCGCAAGAACAAGAGUGAGCCUACAGGCCUGGGAGUUCGAGGGGCUGGAGUAGGAGCAGAUUCUCCCCUCACAUCUGCAACUGUCAGUACCUCUACAAACCCAGACACAGAUCGGUGGACAGAUUCAAUAGGGUCUUCAGAUUCAGAACACCACGAGGAAUAUCUCAGAUUACCUGACAAGCUAGGAUCGUCAAGUUCUCCUAUUGUUCCUCGAAAUAUCCACAAAGACGAGUCUGAAAACUCAGAAUAUCUCAGCCUAUCAACAGUGUCAGAAGGCAGACUGAGAGCCAACCACUCGAAGGAGGCUCGAGAAGUGAGUGAUUUAAGUUCUGUGAGCCUCAGCUCCCAGGUACAGAGUUCUCAGCCUUACCAACUCCUCAACAAGGACGACUUGAGGAAAAGCCUGGAAACUUCCGAGGAUGAAAAUAUGAUACAUACAUUAUUUUCAAAGAUAGUUCCAGGCAAGAUGCGAGCAGGUGGCAAGGCUUCAGAGAGUGAUGAUACCUCUGUGAGAGACCUAGAGGACCACAAUCAAGAGACAUGGUCGGAGGUGAGUCUUGCGUCUCCACAUUGCCGAGCUGAGGUGUGGACUGAGGUGAACCUCAACGACUCUUCCUCGCCAGGCUCAGAUCUUGCUGACCACAAUCAGGAUUCCAAACAAACAAAUACUGAAGACCUCUCAACUUUGACUACUUCAAAGUCAAAACCGGACUCAACUUUGACAAACUGGAUCUCCCGAUCGUCUGUGGAGCAAGGGAAUAACUCCCGGAGGCAGAGCUUGGACACUCUGAUCCUUGGGGGACUUGCCACUGGAGAGAGGGUGAAGGAGAUCUUCUCCCAAGGCAUCAUGAAGUUGAAUAUCUCGUCCCUCACAGAUAGACGAUCCAGCGAGCCUAAGUUUGAGAAGUCCAAUGUCAAGUUGCCAGGUACCAAGAAAGUGCCAUCUCCUCUAGAGAAGUCCAUGGCCUAUCUACACCCUGAGGAUGACUCCACUUCCGAUAGCGAGAGUUUAGCCAGUGUGGAGAUGCUCACUGAUGAUCAGAUAUCCUCACUGAUGCUGGAGCAGGAUCUACAAGAAGUCUGUCAGAACGUCCUUGGAACCCCCAUCUCAGAAGUUGCUCCUCUUUUUGCACCGUAGAACUAUCUGUCAACUGCCAUCAUUUUUAUGCAUAGUUGAGUUCAAUACUGUAUUAGCAAAACCCUCAAAAUAGGGUAAUCGACUGGUUGAUACCCAUUUUAAUCUGUAAAAUUUGCUAAGGAAAAUGUUCAGAUUAUUUUAUUAUUUUCUUUUAAGUUUGUCAAUAGUUAUGGAAUAUUGGUUAUUUUUUUAGCAAAGAUAUGUGGCAUAUGAAGAAGUUUGUUUCCUAAGGAGUAGAGUUUAACCAGCUUACCUUAGAAAAUAUGAAUUCAGCUGUUUAUUGAUACACAAACAAUAUCACACAACAUAACAAGUGAUAUCCUAAUGUACGAUCUUGGACGAACAUAGAAUUUACUCUCCAAGUCUCAAUCUAGGAUGAAAUGUUAGAGUUAUUUUGUGUGGCCGUUUUUGUGUAUCUAUAAACUUCUGGAUUCAUUCAUUUUCUGGUAAGCGGUUACAAAAAAACUCCUUAUUUAAAUCAUAGGUAAUAAUUCCUAAAAUCACUCAUUGCUUAGUUUUCAAUCUCGAUGCUUGCAAGACAAAGAGGCAUAAGUACAUACAAUACUUAACCUCCCUUUUGUCUUUCAAGCGACGAAUUAUCGAUAAUAAGUAAAAACUGUGAACAAAGUAAAAUCAUUGACUUUACACCUUUACUAGAUGUAAUACCAAUGCAUCAAAAGAGAAACAAAAUUUUUGGUGAAGCUAGUGGCUCCAAUAUAUUUUUGUGACCGUACAUUUUCCUGCAAUCACUGCAACACUGUGAUUGUCUUCUGCGAUCGUUUUCUCCUUAACACAUUGAAUGCGAGGGGUGUGAAUUCUCAUCCCGCUGUAAAUCCUCACUACUGGUGCGGGGCGGAAUAUAUUGUCCUCCUUGCAUAACUGCAACCUUUUUUCAGUGUGAGCUCAGCCUCGCGUGGUUAACGUUAUUUCCGAUUGCCGCUUAUUGUUUCAUUUUUAUACUUCAAUCCAGUAUAAUUCUUUUUCAGAUAGGACUAUUUUAUCGGUGGAAGAGAUUGUUCCAAAUUCAGUGUAGUGUGAGGUUUUGGCAUGGAUUUAGUGAAAUGGAAUGGAAAAAUUAUAUUAAUUACUGCAGUGAAGCAUUGUUUAAGGAACCUAACCUCAAAACUGUGCUGGACCCCUUUUUGCGAUAUUUUUUGAUGGUGUAUCCAGGUGUUUCGCCUUACUUUUUCCUCCAUUUGGCAAUACUGAGAGCCUGCUGUUUAGUGCUGCUAUCUUUUGGGUUCUUGUAAAAGCUGCGUCCACAAUGACUGAAAUGCAGUACACGUUAUACCCCUCUCCUAUUAGAUGAAACUAAAUUUAAACAUUUUCGCACACUUAUCCACGAUAGCGCAUUGGUUGCUCCCGCCACUGGCCGCGGAACGUGUUAACAACCUUAAAGACUAGGAAACUAAGAGAACCAGGCCAUCAGCACAGGAUGUCAUUGACAAAGAAUGCAACCUGGCUGAAAGAGGUGUAUAGUCAAUGGUAAAAUAGCUCAAAGCACAAAUAUUUUAUUCUCCUCUAGAAAUCUUCAUCACAAAAACAUUUUCUGACUUAUUUAUUAAUUUUUGUGUCUAAUGUUUUCUACAUUGCGAACAUUUUACUUUGAUAUAGGGUCUUUCUUAGUAAAAUUAAUAAUAAAUUAAAUACAAUCUUCCAUAAGUUUAAAGGAUCUCUUUGCAUUAUAGGCAUGAAAGUGCUUUUAGUCUUGACCUACAAGUUGGCCUAGACGCUGCUGAUAAGUUUUGUUCUAUCGUCUAUUUGUGUGAGAUGGAGAGGCAUUUUUUCCCGAGUACAUACAGAUCAGUUUGCUGAAAGUCAAUGUGAACAAGUUGCCCAAUCGCUACAAUGGAUCUUAUUUGUUCUGUGUGUUGUUUCUGUAAAUUUAUAACAGAAAAUGACAAUAAUUACCGUAAGUAUUAUUAGUCUCUACUCUACCAAUCUUGUCUGAUGCUUCUGUGAUAUGUUGCAUUCUGAUCUGUCUACUAGUCAACAUAUCUUAAUGCCUGUUCAUCUCUCUUGGUACAGAAGAGUCUUACGAAUACAACACAAUGUACAAUAUCAAGAACUCUACCCCGUGCUAAACAAAGAGACACUAGACAUCUUCGGAAAUUUUGUUUAUACAAAAAAUUAUUUUUCAUUUUGCAAUUGCUCUUGAAAAAUUUGUCCAAGCUUCAAUUUAUAUUUUAUAAUAGUAUAUUACGUUACUAGUCCUGAAAAUAGGUGUUUACCGGACAAGUGUGGUCGUUCCCGUGCGAGACGAAGUCGAGUGCGGGAUUACGAUACGAGUCCAGUAAACAUAUUUUGGACGAGUGACGUACGAUAUUUUAUGCCAUACUACUCUAUGAAGCUAACUUAACAAUAAAAAAUCUGUACAAAUAAGAGAGGUUAUGUUUUUGGUGUCUGGUAAAAGCUCAUUACAGUACAGUAGUACGUAAUGAACCCCCAUUUGAUUAAGCUGGCGGCAAACAGCUGUUUUCCGGACUAAAUCCUUGCGUGGGAAGUUCGUCAAAACAGUGUAGUGUGACGUAAAAUCAAUUACAUGAUAGAAAAUGAUAUAAUGCUCAUCAGCAGUUUCUUAGACAAAGUAAUAAUUAGCUUUUCGAUAUGUUCUGUAAAGAGAUUAAGUUUAAUCAGCUUACAUUAGAAAGUUUUGGGUCUAAUAGAUAUCCGAUGAAAGGUCACAUAACGUAACUCUGAUAUUUUGUUCUUCGGAGAGAAGAUUGGUUAGAAAUGUGAAAAGUCAACAUUUAUCAUCAAUUUACUCUUUAACUCUGGAGUAACUCUGACGAUACAUCAAUGUUAUGCUGUGAUGCAGUAUGUGUAUGUAUAUCACUAUAGAGUCGAACUUUACCAGGUGAGAUAGGUAAAUCGUAUCCCUUUCCACGGCUUUUCUUCAAAAUAUAAAAGUUAAUCAAGCAGAAGGAGGAAUAAUUAUGUAGCCAAGUUUCUUAUGAUGGCGAGUCAUCAAGUGUGUAUUCGUAAGGCUCUACUGUACAUUAUUUAGGUUAUAAAAUGGUACUAAACAAGAAUAGUUUUGUGUAAAAUCUAGUCAGAAAUUAUUUAUUGUGGUGCUAAUGUUAUCUUUGCUCUUUAAAUCCACUUGAAACCUAAAUGUUGAAACUAGAUUUCAGAAUAGGAUAGAAAACGUAGACUUUGCUAAAUAUAAGAGCACUUCCCAUAGUAAAUUUAUUUCUCCACAAUUAUCAGUGAUUGUAUAUCUUGACUUAAGUUUGCGUUAUAUUAAUAUAAGACACAUUUUUUUUACGGUAAAACUUAAGAUUACUUGUUUUAUUUUUAUUCCAUCUGAUUUCAUGAAGCAAUAAGGAAUCUUUGAUUUAAUAUUGGCAUCAGCACCAAAAAUAGGUAUGCUUGAUAUCAAAACAAUACAUUUUUGUGAUUUAAAUAGGAUUAUUUUUUAAAUAGUUGUCUCAUUCUUAAUAAUGUUGAGAAUGAACGUAUAAUGUUUUUAUUAAGUUAUGUCGUGUUAUUUUGACUUGAUAUAUUUAUAUUAUUUACAUUUUUGUGCUGUAUGUAUAUGUUAUUUAAUUUUAUAUUUAAGUAUGGUAAACAAAUUGUAGUUAUUUAAACUAUUUUCUUAUAAUUAAGUUUAGCUGCUUUAAAAAGUAUUUUAUAUUACUUUUAUUUAUGAUAUUAUUAAACUUUGAGACUGUUUUAUCACUUUUAGUAUGACAAAUUUUGUUUAUGUUUUGUAACAUAUUUCAAGUACAAUAAGAAACGAAAACCUUUUGACUGAUUUUUUAAUUGACUUAUUAUAAGCUUUUAUUUACCUUUGAUCAGACAUAAAAGCAUAAAAGAACAUAAAAUCUAAAAAAAUGUAUUCACAUUUCCAAGUGAUCAAGAAAGUCACUAUGCAAUAAUCUUUGGUACAAUCAUGCAUUUUUAUAAUCUCAAUUGGUUAUUAGAAAAAGGUUAUUUCACAUAAAAAAAGUUGUCUAAGGAUUGCUGUAAAAAUAGUACUGUACUGUAUAUUAUUGUUUUAGUUAAUUUGCUUAUGCAGAUAAGAAAAACGUUGGUUAUCUUGCGUCCGCUUUAUAAAGCAAAUAUUUUACUCAAAUUUUUUUUCAACUGUGGGUAAAUAGUGCCUAAUAUUAUUUAUUCCAACUGAGUUGUGCCUAUAUAAUAUGCAAUAAUAUUGAUAAGCAAUAGUUGUGUCAAUGAAUAAGUCCGCAAUUUCCAAAUUUUGCUUAAGUUUAUACUCUGCUAUAAAGGUGUUGUACCUUUAAAACAAUUUCAAACUUUUUGUAAGUUUUAUUUUAGACUGAUUUUUCCUACAGUUACCUAACAAUGUACAUGUUCUCUCGCUGAUUUGAGAAAGCAAAGUGGCCAAUUCGCUCAUCAGUGAGACAGUGUUAACAUUGUCUCACUCUAAUUACUUCGUCUCACUCCAGAUUUGCAACGUGAAGGCACAUUUCUUUACCAAUUUAUUUGUUUUAUGGUAGCUGUAGGAAAAAUAUAAUGUGCAACUCGAGUGCAAAGUGCAAUCGCUUCACUCGAGAAACCAUUCCUCACUCGCCUACGGCUCGUGAGUAAGGAUUUCUCUCGAGUGAGGCAAUUGCUCACUUUGCUCACUAGUUGCACAAAUAACUAUUGUCUACUGAAUGUUAUAACAAAUCUUUAACAAAAGAAUUUAUAUAACCUAUUUUGUUAAGGAUGUUGUUACAACGAGAAGUAUUAUAAGGGGAGUUUAAUAUAGGGUAAAUAUUUUCCUUUUCCUCGUUUCUUGUGUUGUCUAUUUUUUACCAAUAGCUGUUUGUAUUUUUUGUUCUUUGCUGAUUUUUGUUUUAAGCCUUAACGUUAACUGUGUGUUGUCUGUGAAGUAUUUAUAUAAAAUGUAUAUUCACUGUUAUUUUGUUGCUUAGGAAAUAAAGGCUGAUUUUUAUCAUCAUUAAAAGUAAAGUAAGAACCCCCAAUUAAGGGAUUUAAAUAAAUGUUUUUUUUUCGCUGAUAAUGUAAAUUGUUUAAAAUAUUUUGUUGUAAAUUGUAUCAUGGUAUACAGUAGCGUCUCACUAUUCUGAACCCCGCUAUUUAGAAAAUCAGCUAAAUCUAAACUUAAGUUAGAAAUUAUUAUUUAUUUUUUAAGACGUUAAUACGAAGCUAACACGAAAUCAAGAACAUCCUCCAUGGUCACAGAGACAUCGUCAUCAUCCCUCUCACAAUCGUCAAACCAGGAACAUCACCUGGGUGGCAAUCGCAGAAACUAUAAAUCGCGCAUUUUCCCAAAGGCUUUCUGCGAUCGCAAAAACAAAAGAUUAGUGCAGUCAUGGCGAAUUGGUAAAAAUCUAUUGAGGAUACGCCGAAAUCGUGAACAUAUUUCUCGGCUGCAGAGACAUCAUUGUCUCCUGCAAUCAACCGCGAACAUCAUCUGUGAUCGCGAUGAUCAAUUAUUACAGAAAUCCGCUUAUUCUGAAUUCCUACUUAUUCUGAAUUCCCGCUAAUCAUAACUAUGUUCAGCUCGGGUUCGUUCAAAAUAGCGAGACUCUAGUUUAUUUAUGGUUCUUGGUUCACCCUCAUUUAAUUGUUGAAAAAUGGAGAAUGAUUGAUUUAAAAAAUGUUACUUGUUCUCUGUAAUUAAGAUGUUUGCUAGAUAAAAUCGGUGUAAUCUAUAAAUGUGGCAAAAAAAGUUAAAAGAUUUUAAAAUUUAAAAUUAAGUUGAUCUUUAGUGAUGAAACCAUGUACUAUUAAUUACUGUUAUUAUAGUUUCAUCAUAAUAGUUACUAUCAUAAUUAUCAUGAAUAUAUUUCAAAAGUAAACUUUUUGUUAAAAUCAAUCCAGUUCAUUGGGUGUUGUUGAGAAUCUAUAUUUCUUUGUUGCUGUAUUGUGUUAGUACCUUGCUUUAUAUAAUUGUUUUUGUUACUCAAUAUCUAGAAGGUAUAAUGUAAACAAUGUAUUAUAUUAUGUAAAUACAGUA